AUGGAUGGAAUAAUUGUUGUUCUUCUAUUGAUUCUGGUGGCUCCGCCGUCUAACACGGCGGUGGUAGUACCGGCGGCAGUGUUUAGAGAAUACAUAGGAGCUGAGUUCAAUGAUGUCAAAUUUUCCGACGUUCCGAUUAACCCAAAUGUAGAAGAGUUUCACUUUCUCCUGUCGUUUGCCAUAGACUUUGACAGCUCCCGCCGUUGUUUCACUAAUGGAGUAUUCAACGUUUUCUGGGAUUCCUAUAAUCUUAGCCCUUCCGCUGUUGCUGCCAUUAAAAAGGAUCAUUCAAACGUGAGAGUGGGUGUAAGUCUUGGAGGAGACAGCGUGGGAGACUCAGGCUUUGUUUAUUUCAAACCUUCUUCAAUAGCUUCAUGGGUUUCCAACGCAGAACGUUCACUCACAAAGCUCAUAAACACCUUCAAUCUCGACGGCAUCGACAUCGAUUAUGAACACUUCGAGUCGGACCCCAACACGUUCGCUGAGUGCAUAGGGCAGCUAAUUAGACGGCUAAAGAAGAAGGGAGUCAUCUCAUUUGCUUCCAUUGCCCCUUUUGACGACGCUGAAGUUCAAACCCAUUACUUAGCCUUGUGGAAAAGAUACGGGCACUUGAUAGAUUAUGUUAAUUUUCAAUUCUAUGCUUAUGAUAAGACCACCACAGUUCAUCAGUUUAUCAAACAUUUCAAAGCUCAAAGCUCAAAUUAUGAAGGUGGUAGGAUCCUGGCAAGCUUAGCCAGCGACGAUAGCGGCGGAUUGUUGUCAAAGCAUGGGUUUUUUAAGGCGUGUCGAAGGCUUAGAACGGACAAACUCCUUCAUGGAAUCUUUAUUUGGUCUGCAGAUGAUUCACAAGCUCAUGGUUUUAGGUAUGAAAAGAAGGCACAAGCACUCCUACAAAGCCCCAACUACCACUAUUAA